AUGCUGAUACAAAAACCAUUUCGUAUUUGUGUACCACAAUCUCGUUUUCUUUCUGAAUUAACAUGGAUUGAAAAAGAUAGAGAAAAAGAAUUAUUACCAUCAGGUAUGGUAGAAGUUCGUGUUCAUUGUGUUGGUAUUAAUUUUCGUAAUGUACUCAAAUCACGUGGUCUUUAUCCAUAUACACGUACUUUUGCACAAUCUGAUGAAAAUCAACCAAAACUUGAUCGAGAUACAGAACCAGGUUCAGAUUUUGUUGGUACUAUUAUACGUGCAUGUCCUACAACUAAUUAUCAGGUUGGUGAUCAUGCUGUAGGUAAUACUAGUCUUGGUACAUAUCAUUCUCAUAUUAUGAUUAAUUCACAACUUAUAAUACGUAUUCCAUCUGGUUUUCCUCGUACUGAUGAACAAUUGUGUGGUUUACCAUGUCCCCUUUUAACAGUUAUAUAUUCUCUUAAAUAUCGUGUUCAUUUACAAUCUAAUCAAACUGUUCUUAUUCAUGCUGCAACAGGUGCUGCAGGUCAAAUGUGUAUUCAAUAUUGUCAAUAUAUUGGUGCUCGUGUUAUUGCUACAGCUGAAACUGAAGAAAAACGACGUUUUCUUCGCGAAUAUUAUGGUAUUGAACAUAUAUUUAAUAGUCGAGAUGUUUCUUUUGUUAAUCAAAUACGUCAAAUUCUUCCACAAGAUGUUGAUAUUAUUAUUAAUUCAUUAUCAGGCGAUUUACUGAAAGAAUCAAUUAAAUUAUUAGCAUAUCAUGGUCAUUUUGUUGAAUGUGAAGCAAUUGAUUUAUCUAUUCAACGUAAAUUACGUGCUGUUGAACCAACAGUAGCUUAUGAACCAUCUCAGGUAAUAAAAGCACUAUCAAGAUGUAAUAGUGGUCACGUUAUGGUUGUAAGUGAUAAUAAAAUGUUUUCAUCAGAAGUUUAUAUUCAAGGAACAAUUUUAAUAUUUGGUGGUUUUGGUUUAACAAUGUCUCGAUGGAUGAUUAAACAACGAGGUGUUAAACAUAUUGUUCUUAUGAGUCGUCGAACAUUAGUUGAACUUGAACAACCUUCAAAUCCACAACAUGAUGAUUGGUUAAGAUUAAAACAAACAACAAACGAAUAUAAUGGUGAUGUUGUUCAAGUAGAUGUAUCAAAUUUUCAACAAGUUUAUAGUUUAAUUGAAAAAUUUAAUAAAACUUCUUAUCCUAUUCGUGAUAUUAUUCAUAGUGCUGUUGCUGUAGAAGAUCGCACUUUAAAUAAUUUAACACAAGAACAUUUAUCACUUGUUUUACCACCAAAAGUUCGUGGUGCAUGGUAUCUUCAUCAAGCUACACAACUUCUUCAUGCACCUAUUCAUUUUUUUAUUAUGUUUUCAUCCAUUCGAAAUCAUUUACUUGAAGUUGCAUCUGCUGGUUAUAAUGCUGGAAAUCAAUUUCUUGAUGCACUUGCUCAUUAUCGUUUUGAAAAACUUAAUUUACCAGCACUGUCAAUUAGUUUACCAGCUGUAAGUGGUGCUGGAAUGUUUCAUCGUCAUAAAGAAAUGCUCAGUACUUUGAAAGAGACACAAGGUUUUGAAUUAAUGCCAACAGUAACUGUAUUCGAAUUAAUUGAAUGUUUUCAUCAAACUCAAAAGAUUUGUCCAUGUCCUGUUAUUUUUGCUGUUAAUUGGCAAACAUUACAUCGAAAUUAUCCAUCAUUAGCUACAUCUUAUCUAAGAAAAAUAGUUGAUCAACGUUAUAAAGAGAUGAAAUUUGAUCAAAUAUCAUUGACAUCAUCAGAAAAAAGUAACUCAGCUGUGUCUAGUAUGAAUAAAAAAGAAGCUAUUAUUGAACGAAUUCAGUCAGCUGUUGCACGAUUAUUAGGUGCAGCUAGUGUUGAUCGUAUAGUUAUUGAUCAGUCACUUGUUAGCCAAGGUCAAGAAACUGGUGUUUAUAUACCAUUAGUUGAUCUUCUUCAAGGACUUUCAAUUGAAACAAUUGGAACACUUGUUUAUAAUAAACUUAAUGAAAAAGAACAAACAACAUCAUCAUCAGCUACAAAAGAAUAUGAUUCAGAUUUUGAUUUAAUUAAUGAAAAUGAAGUUCAAUUAUAA